GUGUCAACUAGAAUAAAAUGAGAACAAAAGGAAGAUAAACUAGCCACCAGUGCCACCAGUUGUCAAUUAUAACCAAAUAAUCUUUUUUUCUUUAGUACUAUUUCAUGUAGUGCAUGUAUGGUAGUCAUUGAGGACAUGGAUUAUUAAAAGCAAAUAACAUUUGUUGUAAAGGGUUAGUAGAUAGCUUUGCAUUUGAUGACUUAUACCUACAUUUUAAAUUUGUAUGCUACAUAUCAACAUAUAAAAAUAGGUAUUAUACAUGAGCCAUAAGUUUUUUAAUCUGAUUUUCCAUUCCAUAUAAAAUCCCAUGCUGCUCCUUAUAUGUAAUACCUGUCAUAGCUGGUGUAAGAAACAAACUAAAGGUUAAUCGGAAGUCUUUCAUGGAAACUACAGAUGAAUGGGAAGUGUUUCACUUUGGCCAAUAAUAGAAUCUCAGUCCCCUAACUUAAGCACCUUUGGCAGGAAGGACGUCCCACCUGGGACCUUGAGGAAGUUCCCAGAGCUGCUAGGCGGAGAGCAUUCUAGUCACUAUGGCAACCAGAGGCGCAUCAAGUUCCCUGGCAGCCUGCAGAGCUAAGGCCUGGUGUCCUAAGGCCCCCAAGAACCCCAGCGGCAUGAGACUUCAGGAGGCCCAGGUAGUGACCGAAGCUGUGGCAGCACCUGAGGCGGGCAGCAGCGGAGAGCAAUGUAGGCAACCUGCAGGGCUGGGAUGCUGGAUAUCUGGUCAGUCAAACGGACCCCAGGAACCCCACAAACAGUGGAAGAAAUUUUUAUAUUGUGAACCACAUAAGAGAAUUAAGGAAGUACUGGAAGAAGAACUUUAUAUUAAGAGAGAUGAGUGCCACAUUAAAAAUCCACCUGCAGUGGCCCUGGAAGGGAUUUGGAGCAUUAAAAGGAAUCUCCCUGUGGGAGGCUUGACACAAGGACUGCCAAGCAGAAACACUUUAUUGCCACAAGCCAAGUACUAUUCACGGCAUGGAGGGCUGAGAAGUAAGAUGUUGUGCUUUUGAUUUCAAUGGAAGCCCUUGAGAUUACUGCAAAAAGUUAAAAAAAAAAAAAAAACCACUGGUAUAUAUUCUGUUUGGAAAUGUCAACCAAAAUUCAACCUUCUUGAUUCAUUUCUCCUAGGUUACUUUCUGGUUAGCCACAGUAAAUCAUUGUGGAAGUCAAAUGGUGACAGUUGAGAUAAACAGUGUACCCCAUGGAUACAAUAGAAGUCAUACCCAGAUUUAUACUCUUGAUUUUUCCCUUUAUUUCUUAUCCACAAAAGCAUUUCUAGCACACAGGAGGAAUCUUGCACUGUUCUUUGUUCUAGAUGGAUAAUCUAUUAUGUUUACCCAUGAAGGUGAGAAAAGGAGAUGAAGGAAUUAAGGAAAAACAAGACAAGCACUUUGCUUGGCUCCCUUGGUUUCAUUUUAUUCUAAGUAAAAGGCCUCCAAUCUGGGGAUAAAUCAUUUCUCAAGAGACACAAACAUUGGAACAAGCACUGUUCAUUUCUCACAGUCAUAGAGAAAUUUUUCUAGUGACAGUUAUAACAAGAUACAAAAAAAGGUGGAGGUCUUGAUAUGAAGCAUAAUAACCAAAUAAUGUAGUGACAUGAAGAUGUGUGCAUGAGUCCUGAAAAUUGCCCUACAACUGAUAGGUGAUCUUGAGUGAACAGAAAGAAGCUUGCAAAACCCAAAAAUGAGCACUCUUAAC